AUGUUCGGGCUGCACACUCCAAAAUCCUUAGGAUAUUGCAUGAAGCUUGCUCUUAAUGAGUCCUUACAAGAACUGGGGCAAAACAUACGGUGCACUGCAAGAGUAUCAAAAAUCAGUUAUGGAAAUCUAAUUGAAAUGGUUUUGCAGCUGAAUGAAGUGUGCACCACUACAUUCGGGGAAAAAUGCUCUUCGACAAAGUUUACUCUCAGGGGGCAGCAAGAAAAAAUGUUUUGGCGGCUAAACACAAAAGUUUUCUGCAGUAUUUUGAGGGGAAUUGAUUCAAUGUACAGAGUCUACGACCUUAGGGAAUUUUUGCAGUUGUAUGACGAAGUUUUACGUUUCAAGUCGAUUGUCGAUUCUCAACCUCAAAUUCCGCAAUGUGCGGCUGAAAUGUGUGACGAUCCAUGUUGCAUUUGCUUCGAUAGGGAUCCUGAUACUGUCCUUCCUUGUAUGCAUGCAUUUUGUCAAAUCUGCAUAAACAAAUGGGCUGGGCUUAGUUACACACUACCGUCAACAGAUCACCAAAUUAUCAAUAGAAAUCCAGUUAUAAAUUCUAACAUGUCUUCUGGUGAAGAAUCAAACGCCUGUGUAUCCAAAGAAACCAAUCGUACUCAGUGUCCUAUUUGUCGGUCUACGUAUGGGAACACAUCUACAUCUUGGCAAAUAAUUGGCGGUCAGUCACCAAGAGAUCAUACACGUCAGAUUUCAGGUAUUGUUUUACGCAUGAUUUCGCGGACUGGUCGACCGUCCGACCCAUUCUCUGAAGUUGAUGAUAACGGUAGUAAUGAUGAAGUAUUUGUCUUAACUGAUACUCAGAACAGCCUAACAGAGAAUCUCUAA